UAUUUGAUUUGAUUACAGCAUUUACUCUGAACUCAAAGCAUUAAAACAAGAAGAGAUAGGGGGUUAUUAUAAAAUCAGAUGAACUGAAGAGUUGGUUUUUAGGAAUUUAUAGAGCCUUAGAAAGAAAACAGAUUAAAAGAAAAUGAUAACUUUUAUGGAUUCAAAAGAGAAAUUGAAAGAAACAGAAAGAUGUUUAGAUUCACAGUUAUGGCAUGCUUGUGCUGGCAGUAUGAUUCAAAUGCCCUCAGUGAACUCUAGAGUGUUUUAUUUCCCACAAGGGCAUGCAGAACAUGCUGCCGGAAAUGUCGAUUUCCGGGAAAGGAAUAGUCAGUCUAGGGUUCCGCCGUGGAUCCCGUGUCGAGUUGGGGAUGUUAAGUUUAUGGCUGAUGUAGAUACAGAUGAGGUUUAUGCCAAAAUUAGGCUGAUUCCGGUUAGUAGUUCGGGUGAGUUUAGUGGUUUUGAUGAUGAAGAUAGGGGUUCGGAGAAUGGAGGAUCUUCGGACGGGUCCGUUAAACCGACGUCGUUUGCGAAAACGUUAACGCAAUCCGACGCUAAUAACGGUGGCGGGUUUUCCGUUCCGAGGUAUUGCGCGGAGACAAUAUUUCCGAGGCUUGAUUACUCGGCUGACCCGCCGGUUCAGACAAUUUUAGCAAAAGAUGUUCAUGGGGAUACAUGGAAGUUUCGGCAUAUCUAUAGAGGGACUCCACGGCGGCAUUUGCUUACUACCGGAUGGAGUACAUUUGUGAAUCAUAAGAAGCUUGUGGCCGGAGACUCGAUUGUGUUUCUAAGAGCAGAAAAUGGUGAUCUUUGUGUAGGAAUUCGACGGGCUAAAAGAGGAAUUGGUGGUGGGCAGGAAAUAUCAACGGGUUGGAAUCCGGCUGGUGGGAAUUCUAUCAUUCCGUAUGGCGGGUAUUCCCCCAUUUUGAAAAAUGGGAAUGGUGGGGGUUCUGGUGGGAAUUUAAAUGGAAAGGUGAAAAUAGAAGUUGAUUCUGUGAUUCAAGCAGUUAAACAAGCGACGAGUGGACAGCCGUUUGAGGUUGUGUUCUACCCGAGAGCUAGCACACCGGAGUUUUGUGUCAAGGCUGGGCUUGUGAAGAAUGCAAUGCAGAUCCGCUGGUCAGCAGGGAUGAGGUUUAAGAUGCCGUUUGAAACGGAGGAUUCUUCAAGAAUUAGUUGGUUCAUGGGUACAAUUUCUUCCAUUCAGGUUGCUGACCCAAUUCGCUGGCCUGAUUCACCAUGGAGACUUUUACAGGUGACAUGGGAUGAGCCCGAUUUGCUUCAAAAUGUGAAACGGGUCAACCCGUGGCUCGUAGAAUUGGUGUCAACAAUGCCAGCCAUUCAUAUGUCCCCUUUCUCACCACCACGAAAGAAAUGUAGACCAUCCCAACACCCUGAUUACCCAAUGGAAUCCCAAAUCCCAAUCCCAAUUCCCGCACUAUGCGGGCCCCAUUCACACCUCUUCGGUGGGCCCACAACAGGGCCUUUUGGUUAUCAUAUCCCGGAGAAUUUGAACAUUCAUCAUCCUGCUAGCAUACAGGGAGCCAGGCACACACCUCGUUAUGGGUUAUCUCUCUCAGAUAUCCAACUCAAUAACAAGUUCAGUACGGGUAUUUUCCCGACAACCACGAAACCCUCUCACAUUAACCCGUUUCUUAACAAAUCUGCUGGAUCGGAGCCCGUUUCCUGUCUGUUAACCAUUGGGAAUUCAACCACAGCCUCAAAAGAGCCCGAAACGCCUAAAACAUCUCAGCUUGUACUCUUUGGUAAGCCAAUUCUAACUGAGCAACAGAUUUCUCAAAGCGGCAACGCCUCAGGGUCAGGGUCAGGCGGAGAAACAGACCUGAACUCAGAGACGGGCCAUUGCAAGGUUUUCUUGGAAUCAGAAGACGUGGGGAGAACCCUCGACCUGUCGUUGCUCAAUUCGUAUGAAGAACUAUGCAAGAAACUAGCCAACAUGUUCAAGAUAGAAAGCUCUAUAAUGCUAAACCGUGUUCAUUAUUGGGAUACCGCAGGUACCUUAAAACAAAUUGGCGAUAUACCAUUCGGCGAGUUCGCCAAGAGAGCAAGAAGGUUGUCGAUUUUAACAGAUUCGGGCAGUGAAAUCAACGACCAGGGCGUAGAUUCUUGAUUUAUAUAUCUAUAAGAAAUGUACAGCAUCGAUCUCUUUGGUUAUCCUUAAGACAUGUUUUGGUUAAUUUUGUGGUUAUGGAAUUCACUAAGCUAAAUUAAACACAUAAUUCCUGCAAA